GGUCUCUAAUCCCUUAUGCUGUCAACUUAGAAUGUCCCAUAUAAGAGGCCAAAAUAGUUAGUACGACAAAAAUGUUUCCAAAGAACGGAUGUAAUAGUCUUUAAAAAUGCAGCUACGGGGAGUCUUGUAGUUUCCAUGUAGAGUAUUUUAAUGUGACGUCUUGUUGACAUCCGGGUUACGUGAUUUUGACGUUCUAAAGGAGAUAGGUCUGGCCGGGGAAAUUGGUGCAAUGGACCUUGCGGCUAUCUGCGUCGCUGUCUUGCGUUCCGUCCUAGAGUACAAUGUUGCGUGGCUUGAUAUAACGCCCUUCCUGCCCAUCUGCCUAGUACAAUAGAGCGGGUCCAAAUGCGAGCUUUAAGGAUAAUAUACCUUCGGAAGCUUUACAGUUUCCUAGAGUCGUUAGAGUUGAGGACAGGCGCAGUGGGCUCUGUAUGAGCAUUGUAAACAAAGGCAGGACCUUGUCAGAACACAUAGCCUGCGUAGCAGGCCCUUGAAGGUAGUGGGUGCAAAAAAGAACGGGCGCGCGAGAGAGACACACGGAGACACCCGUUCUUUCUUCCGUCCACUACUUUCAAGGGCCUGCUACGCAGGCUAAGAACACUAUAGAAAUGGCGUCUCUGAGGGAGCAUGCCGCCUUAACCCGCCCGUACGGGCUCGCUCCUUGUCUUUGGACGCUGAUACUAGAUUCUGGGAUAAAUAAAAAAGCCGGGUUGGACGGUCUGUCUCAGUCCUGAAAUACCUUAUUUAGGUAUAUAGUAUUCCUUUUCAAGGUAAUUUCAGGCAUUCGGUAUCAAACGUUUUACAAAUCUUUAGCUAUAUUGGUAUCUUAUGAGGACACAAGCGGGUAUAUUGGUAUCCCACCGUCCCCCACCCUCACCCCUCCUAUGCGGGCCGGGCCUGAAAAUAUGGAAGGGCGGAGUCCAUGCCGUGAAAAUAAUGAUUCAUUACCAAUACAAAUUCCUUGGUGUGAUAUGCAUUUUGUGCAACUUAGAGAGGAAAAACUCAUUCAAUUAGGGCUUUUUUUUUCGGGAGAGAAGGAGAAAGUUCGUUUAUCACAAUGAUUUUGGAGCACGACGGGUUACGUAGCGACGUGACCAUAACAUUACGUGACACUAUCACGCUGUGAUAAUAAUUGCAAAACAAGAACUGAUUACACGUACAUUAAGCUUCGUGUACAAGACUUCGCGACUGGGAAGAAGUUCUCUUUUAAUCAGUAACCUAAACCAAAGAGUUUUUCUUUACAAGCAAUUUUUUUGUAAACGUUAAGUUUCACAGUGCAUAAGGAAAUGUACCCAAUUUACGCGAAUUAGCGCUGCGGCGCUAAUAAACUUUUUUCUACGAAACUGCGGCGCUUAUUUGAGAUCGGGGACCAAAUGUUAUUACAUUUAGGAUCGUUUAUUACAUUUAGGCCUCCCUCGGGAAAGCCUUAAUACAUCAUCAAACACGAUGGAUUAGACGCCGUCCACGAGCACCGUGGUAUGGUAACAAUCUACGAGAAGCUAAACGAGAUAACCGCAGGCUGGAGCGUAAAUUCAGGAAGUCUGGUCUUACAGUCGACAAACAGCAAUUUGAAUUAAAAUGCUCUGAAUAUAACUCUCUACUCGAAACUUCCAAACGUAACUUUUUAAGAGUAGAAUAGAACAGGCAGAGCGCAAUCAGCUUUUCAAACUUGUUGAUGGCCUUUUCUCAGUAAACACCACUGUGCUACCUCCCUAUGAUUCUCUUGAACAGCUUACUGGAGACUUCAAUGCUUUCUUCAUGUGCAAAAUACAAGGCCUACGAAUGGAAUUAAUGAAUCCUUCUUCAGACCAUCACGACGAAAAACAAAGAAUACUCCACUGUGAAUUUCCUCAGUUUACGCCCCCAUCAAAUGAAAGCAUCAAGAACGUCAUAUCAUCCUUCUCAAACAAGACCUGCUCCCUCGAUCCGAUCCCGACGCAUGUUGUUAAAGAUAACAUAAGUUCCGUAAUACCUAUGGUCAGCGGAAUUGUGGGACAAUCGUUCUCAAAUAGGAUCUUUCCGACCUCAUUAAAAACAUCGCUGGUUCGUCCAAAAUUGAAAAAACCUGAUCUUAAACCUGAUUUAUUAGCUAACUACAGACCUAUAGCUAACAUACCAUUCCUCUCCAAGGCAUUAAAAAAAAUCAGCUGCCAUCCAAGUUCACAACUACUUGAAUGACAAUGACCUGAUCCUGCCUUACAGUCUGCUUAUAGGAAAUAUCUCUCGACAGAGACUGCGCUACUUGAAGUUACCGAUGACAUCCUAAAGACUCUUGACUCUAACGGUGAAGUAAUACUUGUGCUACUUGACCUGUCCGCAGCAUUCGACACCCUCGAUCACCAAAUUCUCCUCGCGAGGCUAAGGAAAUAUUUUAAUUUCACAGAAACAGCUCUGAAAUGGUUCUCCUCUUACUCGCUUGGCCGAUCUCAGCGAGUUUCUAUUGCGGAUGCAACAUCUCCGCCUCGAUGUUUGGAGUAUGGCGUUCCCCAGGGCUCAAUAC